AUGGCCUAUUUGCAAUCGAAACCAAAGUCUGAAACAAUUGAGCUUCGAGAAAAAUAUAUUGGCGGCGCCUGCCAGUUGUUUUUCCGUUCGACGCCGUUGAAAAUUGUCAGAGGGAUUGCCCAGUUCAUGUAUGAUGAAACGGGCGAGAGGUACCUCGACUGCAUCAAUAAUGUCGCACACGUGGGACACUGUCAUCCUCACGUCGUUGAAGCCGGAAGAAAUCAAAUGUCACUGAUUUCCACAAACAAUAGAUAUCUUCAUGAUGACAUUGUGAUUUUGGCCGAGAGACUUGUAAAGACUAUGCCCGGUUCACUAUCUGUUUGUUUCUUCGUCAACUCGGGAUCUGAAGCCAACGAUUUAGCCUUACGCCUGGCCAGAGUCCACACUAAGAAGAAAGAUGUUAUUACACUUGACCACGCGUAUCAUGGACACCUUACUUCCAUGAUUGAUGUGUCACCUUACAAACUGAACCUACCAGGAGGGCCCGAGAAGCCAGAGUGGGUUCAUGUGGCCCCAGUCCCCGACGUAUAUAGAGGAAAAUACACAUAUCCGAACGACUCUCAGUCCGAAGAAGAGUUAGGGAAAUUGUAUGCGGAUGAAGUAGGAAAAAUCUGCAAACUCGCAACUGAUAAGAAUGGUGGUGUUUGCGCUUUUAUCGCCGAGAGCCUGCAAAGCUGUGGAGGACAAAUAUUUCCUCCCGAUGGCUAUUUAAAACGCGCCUUCGAGUAUGUACGUGAAGCAGGUGGCGUUUGCAUCGCUGAUGAAGUGCAGGUCGGAUUCGGUCGCGUGGGAACUCACAUGUGGGCAUUCGAGACCCAAGACGUGAUUCCUGAUAUAGUGACUAUGGGUAAACCUAUGGGUAAUGGACACCCAGUCGCUGCAGUUAUUACAACACCUGAGAUCGCUAGGAGUUUCGCUGAUACCGGAGUCGAAUAUUUUAAUACGUAUGGCGGUAAUCCAGUCUCCUGUGCAAUUGCAAACGCAGUAUUAGAUGUGAUAGAAGAAGAGAACUUAUUGGAACGAGCAAGACGUGUCGGUGACCAUCUUUUGGCCAGAUGCGAAGCUUUGAUGCAUAAGCACCUCUUAGUCGGAGAUGUGCGAGGAAGGGGACUAUUCGUCGGAGUAGAACUUGUCACGGACAGGGAUGCAAGAACACCAGCGACGGCUGAAGCAAAACAUGUUGUUAAUAGAAUGCGCGAAGAGAAGAUACUUAUAAGCAGAGAUGGACCUGACGCAAACGUAUUGAAGUUUAAACCGCCCAUGGUGUUUUCCACUCAAGAUGCAGACAGAUUAGUUGACACACUCGACAGGGUGCUGUCAGAACUGGAUGACCAAUGGAGAACACCUAUCACCAAUAUUAAACUUGAGGUCUUAGUCACACCCAUCAAUGAUCAGGUAGAGUCCAGUGAUACGUCAAUGAAGAGUAGUUUUAAGCAAAGUGUGAAAGCUAUGUAA